UGGGAUUUUAUGUUGAAGAUGAUCAUGAGCACAGGGUUUUAAUGACGCAGAAAUAAGAAGCAUUGCGUUACAUUGCAUUAGUCCAUGUUUAGAAGAUUUAGACAGGGGAAAAAACCCAAGAGAGUCUGAGGAUACAGUCUGUGGACAACAAAGCAAGGCGUUUGUGUUGGAGCUGCUGAUGGUUUGGUCUUGUCCCCUUUAAGAGCAGAGGGAGGGGGAUUUGUCCUCAUGCUCUGGCUGCAGUGUUUUUGUCUUGCUGUCAGUGAGAUUGCUGGCCUUACACGGCUAAAGGGACAAGGAAAGGGUUUUGUAUGUGAUGGUGUUACAGGAGGUUGCUAUUAAAUCAUGGCUCAAGUGUUACAUAUGGACACCAGCUUUCCAGGGAAGAUUAACUCUACAGUCCCCACUUCCUUGCACCCGAAGGACACAGAAGCCCCUUACUCAGUAGAGACUCCCUAUGGCUACCGUCUGGAUCUGGACUUCCUUAAAUAUGUUAAUGACAUUGAAAAGGGUAAUACUAUAAAGAGGGUCCCUGUUCAGCGACGUCCACGCUAUGGUUCUCUGCCCCGUGGUUAUGGUUACACUGGCUCAUGGUGGACCUCCACUGAGUCAUUGUGCUCCAAUGCCAGCAUGGAUAGCCGCCACUCAUCCUACUCAUACUGUGCACCGGGCUUUCACACUUCUCAGCGCCCCAAUUUCAGCAUGGCCCGUGUGGAGAAGACUCUGCUGGAUGCACGACGAAAGCUAGAGGAAGAGAAGGACACUCGCUUUUCCAACUUAGGCAGCAUGCACAGCAGUGUUGCUGGCUCCAACACCUCCAUCUCCAGUGCCCACAGCUUCAAUCGUGCCCAGGGUGGGGGAAGUUCCCACACACCUGCCAGCUCAGGUCUGUCUACACCUGUAUCACCCACUCCAGCCCACCUACAGCAUGUACGUGAGCAAAUGGCCAUGGCCCUUAGGAAGAUCCGGGAUCUGGAAGAGCAAGUGAAGACCAUUCCCGUACUGCAAGUAAAAAUCUCUGUGCUGCAGGAGGAAAAGCGACAGCUUAGUGUGCAACUCAAAAGCCAGAAAUUCCUGGGCCACACACUUGGGUUCAGUCGUGGACGGCCACGUGGAGAGCUCUACAUUGACAUUCCAGAGGAGGGUGUGGAGGCUGGAACCAGUAAGGUGGAGGAGGGACUCUCACCCACUACGCCUGAUGGCUCACGUCAGGACUCUGGCUGUGAGAUAGAAGAUACCGUUAUUGUGGGCAGCAUUCGGCCAGGAAUGAGAAAGGAGGUUCGAACCAUUGCCGUGGGUCCGGACAGUACAGAAAAAAAUACUUGCCAUGUGGGUGUAGGUGUGAGGGAAGAAGACUUGGGCAUUCUGCCAGAGACGGAAGUUCUGAAGUCCAAGGUGGGCCAGUUGGAGGUGCAGUUGAGAACGACUGUGCAUCAGCUACAGAGUGCCCAAAUGCAGGUGGAGGCAGUGCAGAAAGAAAGGCAGGUUGGGAACAUGCAGGCUGAUCAUGCUGUGAGGGCCACUAGCCUAGGCUGGCAGCAGCAGCAUGAACUGGGAGGUACUGGCCUCCACACACUGGUCAGCUUCACUCAGCAAGGCCAGCAGAAGCAGCAGAGGACAGUGGGGAUCCAGGUGUAUACACUAGAGCAGCCUAUGGUUAUGCUUAGGACUCAGCAAUGCAGCAAUUCCACCAGGCCUCUGUCUGCCCCCCUCCCAGAGGGAAAUCCUCACAGAGGAUAUGCAGAGCCACUGAGGGCAGAAGAAUCAAUUGCAAUAAGCUCCAAACAAGUACGAGAGGUCCUAAGAAGUGAAUUGUCCACAUCAGUGCCGGUCACCAGUGCUUCCAGUGCUAUGGAGACCACUACAGUCAACUACAGUCAAGCAGCUCCUCUUAGCCAGAGGCUGAGGGAUGUAGAACAGAAACAGCAGUUGGCCACAGAAGUUCCCUCACAUGAGAGCAUGCCCCAACCAGCCUCUCCUCAUUCCAGCUUGAGGUCAAUCAUGAAACAUAAGGCAGACAGAGAACCAUGCUCUACUUCAACCCAGAAAAAUCUGCAGUUCAUAGGAGUAAAUGGAGGGUAUGAGUCCACCUCAUCAGAGAGCAGUUCUGAGAGCUCAGAUGAUGAGAGUGAUGCAAGUGAAUAUCAUGAAGCCACUGAGAAACUACCCGAAUCUCCAGCUCAUCACCCCCAGGCUACUUCUGUCAGCAUCUCCUCUACUUCUGUCUCUGUAAUUCCUGAAUCUUCAGAAAUAGCGAAUUCCCAGCACAGCAACACACCUGUUUUACUCAGCGAGGGCUCAGGUCUGCAUAGCAUCACCCAAUCACCAGCCUUGGACACAGCCACAUGUCACGUUAAGUCACCAGCCUCAGAUUCUGACAAAUCUCAGGAGACUGUUAUCCUGUCAGCAGAAUCAGAUUCUAGAAUCAGAUACCAAUAUACCACACAAAAUGCUGCCAUUUGCCCUGAACACAGUUCCAAUGACUCAACAGUCUGCAUGGCAUCAGAACAAACUGUUAACCAACCCCAGACCACUAGUUUAGAUAGCCAGCAAAAAUCUCUCCAGCCAGAAUCCUCAUGCCUCACCACUCAACAACCCACUGCUAUGUCACAUACCACUGGUGCUUCUUAUCCAGAUGAUAGCCAAUCACAAACCACUGAACUCACUCCAUACCAGCAAACUGUGCAGUUGAAGGCUUCAGAUUCUUCUGACCAACAGGACACAGCCAAAUCUCCAGUCAGCAGUCCGAAUGAAACCACCAGCUCCAACAAAACGCCUAAACAAGAAAGCAGUUUCAGAGAACUGAGUGAAAGCUUCACAACAGCUCUUCAUACCUUGCAGAAAGCACUUGGUGAACCAAAUGCUUUUAGCCAACAGGGGGCGAGAACAGCCUACACCACAGUGUUACAGGAGUGGCUGCGUGUCUCAUGUCAUAAAUCUGCUGACACAGCGGUGGUCAGAGCCUACAUGGAUGCCUUUGCCUCUGUCUCACCUCAGCUGCUGGAGUUUGUGAUCAAUAUGGCUGAUGGGAAUGGAAACACAGCACUGCACUACACUGUCUCCCACUCCAACUUCCCUGUGGUUAAACUGUUGCUGGACACAGGUCUCUGUAAUGCAGAUAAGCAGAACAAGGCUGGCUACACGGCUAUCAUGCUGACAGCUCUGGCUGCGUUCCACUCCGAAAGUGACCUUCAGACAGUUCUGCAGCUGCUUCGUACUGGAGAUGUUAAUGCCAAAGCUAGCCAGGCUGGGCAAACAGCUUUAAUGCUGGCAGUGAGUCACGGCAGAGGAGACAUGGUUAGAGCUUUACUGUGCUGCGGUGCUCAGGUCAAUCUGCAGGACGAUGAUGGCUCCACUGCCCUCAUGUGUGCCUGUGAGCAUGGCCACGUGGACAUUGUGCGCCAGCUGCUGUCUGUGCCAGGCUGUGAUGCUACUCUCACUGAUAACGAUGGCAGCACUGCUCUUUCCAUAGCACUUGAGGCGAGUCAGAAUGACAUUGCCGUGCUUCUCUACGCCCAUCUGAAUUUUGCCAAACCUCCUUCCCCUGUGUCUCCGAAGUCUCAGAUAGUGGGAUCCCCGCCUUCUUCCUCUGAAAUCCUAAAAUGAAACUCUCCGGCUGAUUCCUGUAUGGAUAUAUACUCAGUGUAAUAGUGUGUACAGUUGAUCUGUGCAAACGUAUUUGUUUAUAUAUAUCUCCACGGUUAUUAUCACUUAAUUCUAUGCUACUGCAUUUACAGUGCUUUCAGUGCCUUUACACCUGACUUUCCAAACCUGAGGCCUCAUUUAUUAAAUCCCAAUUUCUAGUGAUAUCGUCUGAUUUUAUAAACUUCGGACCGAUGGGCUUGAACUAUGAAACCUGAAACUUUUCUUAUUAUAAAAUGUUCCUAUCCUUAUUCAAUUUCUCUUGAAUAAAAUCAGUAUAAAAACAGAAACUCACAUAUCAGAAAAAGGAUAGUUAAGCAUAAGGGGCAUAAGGGGCAUAAGGGGCAUCAGGGUUUUACUGACAUUGAACUUCUCAGUAACUAAACAGUGAGACGAGGAAAUAAAUCAAAAUGACUUUAGUAGCUGUUAGAGAAGAGACAUCAUCAGUGAACUUUUAUACAGAGCACUUUACGUAAACAUUAACAUCACCUUGACAAGAGGAAUUGGAUAUUGGUGCUGCGGCAAUAAAAGAGAAGAAUAAAAUAUCCUGUAUUCACAAGAAGUUUCAGGAAUUGUACUAUAUACUGUGUGCCAUAUAUCUAUACUGUACAUAUAUCUGUCAGUAUACGUUUGACCAUACAUGUCUUUAUGAAACGUCCAGUUUACUAAACUGCAGAUUUCAGAUCAAUAUUUUAAAUACUAAAAAUGUUAAUACUAGCUAUAAAGACAUUUGGGUUUGUUUGAAGUUUGUUUAUUGGUUUAUUUGUUGUUUUUUUUAACACUGAUGGUGGGACAAUCCAUACAUACUGUAAGUGGCGUCCUGAUGAUCAUGUUGCGUAGUCGAGGCCUGCAGCUCUGAUGAAAGGUGUCUGUCAGAAUUGUCUUGCUCUUGAAGCAACAAAGUGCUUUUUAACUUGGAUUUAAAGUCAGCUCCAUAUUUAUUGGAACACCUUUAUGAAAAUAAAUGUUUCCAACAAUGCAAAAGCUACCAAAGUUUCAAACAAUUGAGUGACAUGCCUGUGUCUGAUCAGAGCAUCAGAUGGUAUAACAACAUCUUGUGCUUCUGACUUUUGAUGCACUUCUCUUAAUAAAUGAGGCCCUGGUUUCUAAUGCCACACCACUUCCAGAGUUGACCACCUGAUUCUAUUUGACUAUCUAGAAUUGAUCCUGUUUAAAAUUUGCCUCUGAAUAAGAUAUAAUACAUCAGAUAUUUUACAGUAAUGUUACCACUGGCUCUUCUAACCAAGCUGUUUUCCAGUAUGUUAUUUUACAGAAAACUUUUACAGAAGUCCCACAUCAGCAUGAAGAUUCUUUUCAACUCAUUAGAUCGAUGUGGAAGUUUGUUCAAGUCAUUUAUU